ACACCAACAACCGUUAUCCAUUUCAUUUAGACCGCCGUCAGAAAAGUUUGAAAUUUGCUGGCGAAAUGUUGCAAAACGACGCGGUGCGGACUUUGCAAUACGACAGUGAGAUCCGUGUGGCCCAGCAGCCGAGUCCCUCAGAAUCGAGAGUUUACGACUCCCAUAUCAGCAUUACUUCACAACCCAGGCCGGAGGCUCCUCGCAUCCCGCUGCCGGUGCCCAUUGCCACGGUUACGGGUAGCCGCACCUUCAUCCCACUUUCCGGAUACGAUUGCCUGGCAGAUCUGCCGUCGGUACAUAUUGAACAGACCUUCGAGCUCAAUGAUGGUAAGUACAAGACCAACCAUAUCCAAAUCGUUUUUAAUAUACCAUUCCCCUCUGCAGCUCUGACAGCUGUCUCUUCGGAGAACCGAUAUGUGGUGCGAUCCCCACUGGGCGACGCCAUCUUCGCGGCCAGCGAGAGCUCCACAGAAAAAAACCGCCUAGUUUGGGGAGCUGGGCGGCCCUUUCAGAUGCACCUUCUGGAUAAAACGCACCAGGAAGCACUCGUUUUUCGCAAAAAACUAGCCCUGGGAUCGCUGUGCUGCCAGCCAAAGAGUCUGGAGAUUUGGAUACCACCUGGUAAUGUGCUGGGUAGAGUGGUGCAGUCACCCACUUUCAUGCAGCCAGAGUUCUUUAUCGAGGAUGAAAGCACAGGACAACCAGUAUUUUGUGUGGAGGGUCCUGCUAACUCGGGAUUCUGCUGCUUCUGUCUGCCCAGGGAGUGUUACUUUAAGAUCCAUUCAGGAGGCAAUAUGAGGGCUUCCAUAGACCACAAAUGGCUGGCCAGCAAGUCGCAGUACACCACGAAUAUUUACUUUAGUGAUGCCAAGCUAACCGCCAAGGAGCGGGCUUUGAUACUGGGAUCAGCCUUCCUACUGGAAUAUCUGUACUUCCAAACCCGAUUUUGAUGUGAUUCACCAAUAAUAAACACAUAAGCGUUGUAUAUUCACAUUGAUUUCUUUAUUUUUUGUCAUUUUUUUGUAUAAGAUUUUAUGUUUGUUUGUGUUGUUUUUUUUUCU